AUGGUGUUUCUGUUGCAGCCGGAGACAAUUCCCCAAGCGAGGAUCGACAUGACCCGCGUGUUGGAGGUGGCUGCUGCCGAAGACAUCACUGGACAUCCGUACAGCCUGGCGAUCACCUCGCCGGAAGGAGUUACCUUCGUGAAAGGCACCUGCCGCGAGGAGACCAAAUGGUGGGCUGAUGUGCUCCAGGUCUACUCGAGGAACAAGGCAACACGCCGAACCCUCCGCGACCUCGUUUCAACAGCUGUCGCUCGGAGCCUCGCAGUAAUCCAUGGAUCCCGGAAACCAGCGUACCCUCCGACCUCUGUUCAUCCGUGUUCUCCUCCACGCCGUCUCUGGUGACCAACAGCGUGGUGACCACCACCACGAGCAACGCAGCGAUGAGCAACGGCAACGCAGAGAGCAACAACGAUCAUCGAACGAACAGCCUGUCGCCUCUGAGAAGCAACGCGCCUCUGGAGAACGGUGGUUCCGCUUACGUAUCUUCCGUUCCAUCCACCUCGUCGAUGAACGGCAGCGUGUCCAGCACGGUCUACUCGACCACGUCGACCUCCACGACGACCGUGUCAGCCAGCGGCUCGCUGACGGAGAAGCCACCGAUUGCACCGAACGAGGGUAGAUCGAGUUAUAGAGAUCAGCCAGCGAGCAGCGCAUCCCCACCGACCAGGGACAAGCUUCGAGCGGAGGACAAGGCCAGACGCAGGAUGAAUCAGCAUGGGGAACGAGCUGGGACCGCUUGCCCCGAGAAACUAGGUCGGUGUAUACUCGAAUUCACGCCGAAAAAUGGUAAAUUCGCUUCGGCGUGUGUUGCAGAUGACGACGCCUGUCGAAGAAUCUUUCUGGAGCACGAGAGAGAACGAGAGGGGAAAUUAAGGGAUAUCGCUGCCUCUCUGACCCAGCCACGCGCCAGGAGGAUCAAACCGAGGACAUCUGAACCUACUAGGGACGUGGUGGAUGCAGCCAAUGCAGCUUAUCAGGAUAAAUUUAUCAGAGGCGAUCCAGACGGAUGCGGCCUGGACAUCUCGGGGAUAAGAUACUCUCCUACCUCCGAGCUGAGGGUCGACCUGCCCGCCGAGGAUUUAUUAAACAUAAAGAAAGGCUGGCUAAUGAAACAGGGAUUGAACAAGGAAUGGAACAAGCAUUGGUUCGUGCUGCGCGGCUGCGGCCUCAUGUACUACCGCGAUCCCUGCGCCGAAGAUAAGGGUAUCAUGGACGGUGUCAUAGAUCUGAAUACCGUUACUGCCGUCACGCCCCUUCAAGUCGCAAGAAAUUAUGGAUUCCAGACUGUGGCCUGGGACGAUCGAGGAUCUACCGUGUUGUCUGCGGUGACUGCUGGUAUACGAGCCAGUUGGAUGUCGGCCAUUCGGAGGGCUGCCAAUUUACCGGAUCCUGACAGUAGCAACGAUUCUCUGACCGUUUGUCAGGAUGGUCAGCAAGAUAACACGCCGCAAUCACCUACCGCAUCCAUCACAGACCGCGAGAGAGACUCUGUGGUCCCCUCGACCUCGGUCACACCACGCUCAGUUCUCUUCUCAUCGGACGAGGAAUAUCGAACAGCGUCAGAGGGUGGCAGAAGAGAAUCUGGCGACUGGUCAGAAGUACCGGUAUCACCGCCUCUCGUUAGAAACGGCGACUGGUCCACUGGACUGAAAGGAUCCAGUUGGUCGGACUCAGCGAACCACGAAUGGUCAGAACUGCCCCCGUCACCGCCGUUAACUAGGACAGCCCUGUCUCGAGUGAAAGCUCGGUCCAGGUCAAGCUCCAGGUCUCGAGUAUACAAGAGAAGCUGUAGCUCGCCUCUAAGCUCAAGAAGAAGCACUUUGGACAGCGUGAGAUCGGAGGAUCUAAUGAUGGCUUGCUGCGAACUCGGGGAAGACGAGGAGCAACGCAAUGGACACAUGCAGAGCAACAGCUGCCUGUCGAGCGCCAACGAGAGUCCCUUGAUCGUGGAACUGUUGGAGAACCAGGUCUCGAUGCUUCGUGACCAACUGGAUCAGAAUCAAUCGCAUCCAAGCACGCUACUAGUCAUUAUCGAGCGUCAAGAGAACGAAAUAGAGAGCUUGAAGUCGCAGUUGAACACAGCGAGAGCGGACGUUGCGAGCGUCGAGAAAGAAUUGUCCAGGUUGAGGCAGCAGAAGGCCGAAGCUUCCAUCAGGGAGAAACAGGUGGAUGAAUUGUUGAGUACGAUCCAGAGAACGGAGCAACAGAGGAACAAAGAUUUGGACGAUUUGGAAAAGAUGAAGAAGAUAUACAACAGAGACAAAGAGGUGCUGGAGUGCAAGUUGUUGGAGACGGAGGCUAUCCUUAGGGAGACCAGCGAACGCUGCGAAAUGCUCACCAAGGAGUUGGCAUCGAGUCAUAGAACUGUUGAACAUCUACAGUCGGAGAUAGCUUCAUUGAGUAAUAGAUUGUCUCAAGGAAUAGACGAAAACGAGCGUUUAUAUAGCAAGGUCAGAGAAUUGGAAGACAAAGGGGGAUUGUCUUCUUCAAGGGAGCGUGGCAGAAGCUUCGAUUCUCUCAGUGACUUAACAAACAUUGAAUUGGAUCUGGAUUUGAACACUCUCGAUAAAGAAAGAAUCGUAGAAGAGUAUGACGAACUUAGAAGUCGCUUCGAGAAAGCCAUCCUGGAAAUACGCGCGAUGCGCAAAGAACUCCGCGAAGCACACGCGAUGCAGGAUGCACUGGAAUUAGAGAUCUUCGCCCACAAACAAGACGCAACGAGCGUGAGCGAGACAAACCAGGCCCAGAUUCAAUUAAUGGCGGCCAGGAUCCAAGAUUUGACGAACAAGCUUGCGGCCAGCGAGAAACAAGUGAGGACGUUAAAGCAGAAGUUGACUAAAGUUGAAACCAGAGACAAGAGGAGAUCGCUGUCACUGAAGGGGCGCGAGUCAUUCCAGAUCUCCCAGGAGAUGGAAGACAAGCUGCUAGAUCUGGAGAACAAGAUCUGCGCUAUAGAACGUGGGAAAAGUACCAGCACGCCGCUAUCGACCGGAAGCAGCUCGAAGGAGUCGAGUCCUAAUCCAAAGAAGGAGAAGAGGAGAGACGGCAAAAGUCUAGAUCGCACCAGACUAAGAAGAAAGUCGCUGGACAGUGCAACUAGUUCCGAGCCAAUGAAAGUAUUGAUCAGGCUCAGCACUCUGGAGACAAAAGUUGCGAACGUGACAGAGAACAUGGCAAGCGACGCCGAGAAAGACUCCAGCGAGUGUAGCGAGAUCAGCGCGUCCUCCACCAGCGAAGUAUCGCUGGAGAUCAUCGCCAGAUUGAGGAAAUUGGAGAGGGUGGUGUCGAAGUCGAAGAGGAGGCUGGAGAAGUGCCUGGGCUCGACCCAAGCGGAGGACAAGGCGGAGAAGUGUUUGCGCGAGGUGAACGAUAUCCUGGACUCGUGUUUAGAAUGUAAGAAAAACCAAGCUAGCGCUCAAGUGACCGAGUCAGUAGGAGUAGUGGUAUCUAGACUAGAGACUAUACUUAAAGAUAAGCUGAGCGAACUCACGAAGAGACGGCAGACGCUCGAGCAGAACGGCCAACUGGACGAUAGGGAGAAAGCGAAGCUGAUCGCGGAGAGAGUGGCGUUCGAGUUCGUCAUUCUCAGGCAGAUCAAGUGCGCAAUCGGCCGGACAUUCGACCGGAGUGCCGUUCUCAGUGAAUUGGUCGAAACUAGUCAGCUUGCCUCAAGCUUAAUGCGUAAGGUUCACGGAACUAAGCCCAAAACGUACCAAAACACCAGUUACAUUCAGUAUCUUACUAGAGUGUUAGCGAAUAAGUUAGUGCUAGUAGGUGGCGUGGCCACGACCGAGACGUUGAGCAAGGAGGUGUCCGCAGCUCGUAGCGAGAGUUUGAACUUCCUUCUGCAAAAGCAACGCGAGGUGAACGAAAUUGUACGCCGGUACAAAGAGACGAAGUUGAGACAGCUCGCGGAGGCUCUGGCCGGCGAGACAUUAAGCAUGUCCGAGCAGGAGGACAAGAACAAGCAACAGGGGACCAACUCGAGUAAAAAGUUACUGGAAGAUCGACGAAUUCGCGAAGCAUGGGCACUGGCCCAAGAGACCGUCAGCAAGGAGUUGGUACAAGCGGAAGUAUCUCACGUGAUUAUGCGUUGCGGUCAGAUGUACGAGCAGAGCAUCACGAGCGUCACCGACGCGUGUCUCAACUUCGAGAGCGCGGAGAACGUGACGUUGGAGUCUUGGAUCGAUGCCGCGCAGACUAGACUCCGUCAAGAGGUAGAACUGUCCACGCGCGAAUUGUCCGACGUGUACGAGGAAUGCCUUCGUCAGCUGAAGAAGAACAAAUCGACGAUAGUCGAGUCGAAGUACGAGUCCCGUCAGCUGUUGACCGACUACGCGGACGUGAUUGCGCACAAAGCUUUAAUAGACGCGAGAAUCGGGCUUCUUCAGGAGAACAUGAGACAACUGGCCACCUUCCCUGGGGAGACAUUCGUAUCUAGUCUAAUCCGUAACGACGACGUUCUUUCGAGUCUGUUGGAAGCAGACGAGUUCCAAAGCAAUCCGAUUCUCGACGCGGAGUACAGUUACCUUUAUCAGCAAUUCAGUAAGGACUGCGAGGACAGGAUAUCCGGUUCGAAGCGCGCCUCGAAGGAUCAGAUGAAGAACGUCGGCCAGAGUUUGCUGUAUCUAGAGGAAGACCUGGUCGAGUUGGGCAAACGCGUUCGAGACAGAUUGAACGAGAGCAACGAGAAUAUCCUGUGGCCUGUAAAAUCGGCGACGGCCACCAUCACCGACUGGUCGAGCGUCUGUGAGAAAUGCUCGCAGCUGCGCGAACAGAUUAAGAAACUAAGCGACUACAUGAACAGCGUGACUUGCAAACAGUGUGACCAACUGCAGGAGAACAUCGAGAGGAUAACCGCCGAGCAUAAUCAGGAACUGGAGACGCUGAAACGCAACCAGGAGAGAGACUUGAUGGACAUCAAAGGUGAACUGGACAAUCAGAGGCAAUCUCUGACCUCUCAGUAUGAGCAGGAAGCAGCCAGUCUGCGAGAGAAAGCGAGAAAAUUGGAGCAGAGGCUGAACGCCAUGGACUCGGAGCACUCCGCUCACGUGAACGAGCUUAGGGCCGCUUAUCAACGAUCCAUGAGCGCUGAAUUGGACACAGACGCGGAAACGAGGAAAAGAUACAAGGAGGAGAUCAAACAGCUUCGAGCGUUGUGCGAGAAAGGUCUGCUGGCUAUGGAGAAUUCUCAUAGGCGAAUUAUAUCUGAGAUGGAAGAGAAACAUAGGCAAGAACUGGAGAAUCUAAGGGUGGAGAAGGAACAGGCGUUGUCGGAAGAGACCCAGGCCACUCUGGCGGCUCUUGAUGCUAUGAGGAAGGCGCACGAGCACGAGGUGCAGAAGGAAAUAGCUAAGUUCAAGCAGGAAUUUAUCAAACAGAUGCAGGCACGCGAGGACAUCGGAGUGCUUCACAAGGAACACGAGGAAGAGAUGGAAGAGAUCAAGCAGGAAAUACUUUCGUUAUCAGCGAAGUACUCCUCCAAAUGCGUGGAGUCAGCGGCCUUGGAGGAGAAAGUAGGAUCUCUCACCAAGCAGCUCGCUCAAGCGCAACAACACAUCAUGCAAUUGGACGCGAGGAACAAGCAGCUGAGAGCGCAUUUGGUAUUGGAAACGAACGACACCGCUAUCAACGACACCAUGCAAAUGUUGAGAGGCAGAGACAACGAGAUUGCCGAGCCGAGGGAUGAGAUCCAUCGACUGCAACAGUUGAAGCAUGGGGAGGCCCCUCGUGAUACGUCCGGUGUGCCAUCGAAAUCUCCGUCGCUAAGCUAUUCGCCGCAGCGUGGCCGGAGCGGUCACGAGCCGUUGCUCAGAGCGGCGAGCAGCGAGGAGCAGAGAACGACCGGCGAACGGCCGAGAAGCUCGCUGUCCACGUUGCAAAAGAGCACGCAGGACAAGCAGCAGGCGGCUGCGUUCUCGUACAAGCUUGAACGCGUUAAGUCGGUGUCGUUGCCUUACUCGAGUAACUUGGUUAGGCCGGGCAGUAGUUCUGGCGUGCCGUCGCACGACAGGAAAGAGGUGAGCUUAGGGCAAAAGAGCCAGGAGCGUAACGGCCUGGCAUCGUCGCUUUGGGACAGCCUGAGACCAAGGACCGGACUGCCCCAUCAGUAUCAAGGUACAGAAGAUAGGUGA